AUAGCAAGAUCUCAUCUGCUACACGGACCUCAGUCUACCCUUCGACUCAGUCAAAGAACUUCAAAUUUCUCAAAGAGAAGUAGAGUAUCUUGCACAAAAAUGAAGACUGUUUUCCUUUUAACGCUCCUCAUCGCCACAGCCUUCUGUCUACCUGUGAAGCGCUCGGCUAGCAGUUCAGAGAGCUCAGAAGAACUUGUGGUUGUUCAACAGCCACCUCCUGGUCUAGAAAAAGCUGCUGAUGUUAUGUUCAAUGCAGAACCUACACAGACCACUCCAGUAGAUUCCAAUGAAAGCACAGACAGUGCAGAUGACAGUGAGGAUGCAGAUGAGGAAUCUGAAACAGAUGAGAAGGCCGAGGAGAAUGAUGCUGAUACCAGUGAGAGUGAAUCUGGAGAAACUGCGAUCACCGUUGUCCCCUCCACAGUUGAACCCUCGCUGGACCCCAUCAUCAACACAGGCCGGGGUGACAGCUUGGGCUACCCUAGCGACUACAAAAAAAACAUGGUCUACGUGGACGCAAACAACUUGGAAAAAAUGCCUUCCCCAUACAAGUCUUACGGCAGUGACAAGUUGGGCGGCUUGACAUUUGUGAGCAAGAAGUCCUCUGAGCAGAGCAUCAAUGAUGUGGAGAAAGAGUUUAAACUGUACAAGGCUCUGCAGGUGCAUGAUACUCCUCUGGAGGAGGAGGACACCAGCACCCCAGAUGUGGAGAACAUGGAGCCAAACGACCGCCAGGCUGCUCUGGGAAGCCAAGAGAUCGUUCCCAUUGGAAACAAGGACGCUACAGCAGAGUCAGCCAGCGAGGGAGCAAAUGCUGGCGACACAACCAGCAACAGCGCAAGCGCCAGCGCCAGCCAGGAGCAAAAUGAAGAGAAGUCAGACAGCAGCCAGAGCAGCGAGGAGACCACAGCUACGCCUGGAGCUGCAGACACUGAGGAGAGCACAGAGAGCCAGGAGAGCGAUUCGAGUGAGGAGACCACCCAGACCACCGACGCUACUGUUAUCAUAGCAAAGUAAACGCAUCCGAGCACGUACCCUCAACGGGCUGUCGACAGAAACGAAUGCAAAUGUAGUAAUUGUAUGGUGCUUGGUGACUCACUCCUGAUGUUAGUGUGAGUUAGACAAACGGCAGAGCACAAACAUACGCUUCAUACAAGUCCUCGAACUGCUGCCGAACCGGUUGAGAUGCAGUUUCAUCUCAACAAUGUCUUCCUGUUGAUUGCACAGUUAUUUACAAUAUCAAUGUAAAUGUAAUUUUAUACUGCUCUAUGUAUGUUAUGAUUGAUCAUUCAUAAAUAAAUGUUGUCCUAUAUCCGUUA